GUUGACUCGGAGAACAUACCCUCGCGCAUUCUCUUCGUCCUGGUGGACGAGGUCUUUGGGUUGCAGAAGAAGAACACCAUCUUCCGACGUGGAAUACUCGCCAUUCUGCAUAACAUUGUGCAGACCUUUUUCGGCGAUAUUGUCAACCGUAAAAUCAUUGAUAAAGCUAAUUUCCUCAUCAGUGCCGGACAGAUGGCCACCUACGCGGCCAUGCUGCGUGAUGUGCUCUGGCCGAACCCCGCGGACGCGUCAGCCAACGUUCGAGACGCCGCCACGAAGCUGAGAACUCGUGUGCUCUGCCGUACCGCCAUGCUUGGCAGUGUUUCAGGUGUCUGCUCCUCCGUUUUUCCUCCCCUUUUUGACUCCCCUCUCUCCCCCUACGUCUUCCUUCUCUAGGAACUGGCCCAAUAUCUGGGCGGCGAGACCACGCGGGAGGGCGUUCAACGCGUUUUCACCCUCCUCCAACAGCCCUGCCUCAACCGUCGUCUUGUCUACCGUCUCCUCGAGGGGGUUCUGCUAUUGGCUCUCGGGGACCAUGCGGACCAGCUGAACGAAAUUUACAAUGAGGACCUCUGUCCCCAUCUCAGUGGCCGUAUCUGCAGUCAGCACACUCCAACAUGA